AUGGCCGCACUGUUGACGAAGUUCGAUAAUUCUGACAAGCGUGCCUCGAGUACCGCCAUAGAGGGCAUUGAGCUCCCACGAUGGCGAGGUCAGUCGCGAUCAUCAUCAAGCCUACGCACUUCAAGUCUCUUCGACGAUGCCCAGACUGAAGCAAGCUCCUUGUAUUCUCGAUCAGCUACGUUGACUCCCGCUACCACCACCGAGUCUGCGUGUUUCGGAUCUAUCAGUCUCCACGACCUGCAGCCGAUCCGGACACUGCUCUUCUCUCGGUCGGUCCUCUGGUCAGAUCCAACUAUUAGCCUCGCGUCCGGAUUGCCAGAUGUGCAGGAUACGCCGCUGUAUCAUGCCUCGACCCAUGAACUGAAGGUCUGGUUGCCAGACGUAAUCUCGUAUCGCAGCACUCCCACAGUCCCGAAAGCGUUCAUCAUAGCGGCUGCUCACUUCCGAUUCAGUCGAAACGCUCGUCUUGCAUUUGGCAACAAUCUGAAGAAGCUGAAUGGCGCAGACACGCAUAAUGGUGAUGUUGCGUGGGAGUUGCUGAAGAAUACGAGUACAUUCCUCUGUCACUACCAGUACGACUUCAUCGUUCCCCAGAAUUACGAGCCCAGGUCGGUAUCGCUCGCUGAGGACCAAUAUCCUGAUAAACCUACUUAA